AGUCUUCAUAUAUCAACCUUUUCUUUGCUGAGUCACUUCACUUUGGAGGCGAAGUUUGGGAUCCUGACGGCGUUUUUUUGGAGGGGUCGAGAUAAAUUGCCCCACACUCGCGCAAAUAAUUAUCCUGACGGCCAAAAUCCAUCCAAUACCAACAACAAGGCGAUAGUAGCAACAGCAAAGAUCACGAAAAGGCAUUACCUGAAUACCUAUUACUAAAUCCCGAUCCGUACGAAAAGAACAAGAAGAAGAAGAAAAAACACAGCCAAGAUGUCGACUAAGCCAAGAGACUGGGCUGACGAUGAUGAUCUCGAUGAGACCGUCGCGACCGAGCUGCCGCCUCCUCAGACCAUUCAGAACAAGGACGGUACCAAGACGACAAUCACCUACCGAUUCAACGAAGACGGCCAGAAAGUCAAGACCACCCGGCGGAUCCGCCUCGUGACGCACCGCGAGGUCGUCAACCCCCGCGUUGCCCAGCGCAAGACCUGGGCCAAGUUCGGCCUGUCCGCCAGCGACAAGGUCGGCCCUCAGAGCGAUACCACCUCGGUCGGCGAGAACAUCAUCUUCAGACUCAGCACCAACUGGAAGGCCGACACCAAGGACGAGGCCAAGAACGCCCAGGAGGACGCCUUGAAGGACAAGCUCAAGGACAAGACCGUCAAGUGCCGUAUCUGUAACGGCGAGCAUUUCACUGCCAGAUGUCCCUACAAGGACACCAUGGCCCCUGUCGGCGCCGAGGGCGGAGCCGAUGUUGCGGCUGGCAUGGGUGAUGAGCUCGCUGCUACGGGCGGCGCUGGUGCUGGCAAGAAGGGCAGCUACGUCCCGCCUGCACUCAGGAAUGGCGCUGGCGGCGCCGGCGAGAGGAUGGGCGGCCCUGGUGGCAAGUUUGGCGAGCGGGACGACUUUGCCACGCUGCGUGUCACAAACGUUUCCGAGAUGGCAGAGGAAGGCGAGCUCCGCGAUAUGUUCGAGCGCUUUGGACGCGUCACGCGCGUGUUCUUGGCCAAGGACAGAGAGACGGGCAUGGCAAAGGGCUUUGCUUUCAUCAGCUUUGUGGACAGAGAGGACGCCGUCAAGGCAUGCAACAAGAUGGACGGCUAUGGUUUCAAACAUUUGAUCCUGCGUGUAGAGUUCGCUAAGAAGGCUGCCUAAGGGCUCUGAUGACUGGAAUUUGCGUCAACUUGAAUUAGUAAAGAAAGGCGCCACUCGGACUCACAGCAUUGGGAAAGUCCUUUUGGGCAUAUGAAUGACGUGGUCAUCUUUUGAUAGACUGUAUUGCAAUGAUAAUGGGAUUGACCAUAUGCUAAUGAU